AUGGACUCACUGUCUGCCAUCGCGGCGAUCUUGCGCAAUAGUAUACUGUCUCGCAUGUCAAUCCAUCAACUGAUUUCUUUCAUUGAACUGUCCUCCAACCUGAAACACAGCAUUGAGCUUCACCAACCACUGAAGGAGCCAUCAGACGACACAUCAAGUCCUCUUGUUUUACCAGAAUCCAUCGCUCUUUUCCUAUCGCGUGCAACGAAAAUCCCACUGGAGCUCAUUGGGGAGUGCUGGUAUGCUUUGAGAGAUGUUGUUUGGACCACGGGACCAGAUAGACAGCGCCAAGAUUGCACCGCAGAGGCUUUUAGAGUCCAUGGGUGGGACCUUGGCAUCAUGUCCUUCACCCUGUACCCACCCUCGAAGUACUGCACGAACUCCGAUUGCCCGAAGACUGUUGCGUUGAAGCGGGCGGAGCCCAGACAAAUCAUUAUUCAUAUGCUUGAUCAAGGCACUCUACCUGCGUGGGCCGUUCACUUGAGCUGCGAGAAAUGCCAUUGCCACUAUCAUUACAACUAUGUUGUUCAUAGCAACGCUCAGCAUCGCACAUAUUAUCCAGGUGUCCCGGACUACCUUCAAGUGGCGGAACAUCAGUUUGUCGACAUCCGUCUGGCGAAGCUCUGGACCAAUCAGCAUUUGUUAGGCUCGUGUUCUGCUACGAACUGUGCCCGAAUCUACAUGCUUUCUCUCGCUAGCAUCUCUCAGGAAGCCUUUGAUGAGAUUGCGUGGCCCUUCAAGCCCAAACUCAGCACCGAGAAUGUCUGGGAUUUGUUUGUUCUCCUUGCGCUGCUUCGGGACCAUCAUGAACGUGCGGUGUGCCUGACUGUGCCGCACCAAGGCAUGCAAAAGGACCGAUUUAAAGCAGCGAUGGAAGAGAAGAAUGAGCGCAUUGUGCGGAUCGGUCAGCCUGAAAUAAACCAUGUCUGUGAUGGGUGCAUGCGUGUUUAUGAAGUCGAACACUCGGAUGGGGAGAUUUCGCAUGAAAAAUGUCAGCCAAUUGUCAGUGACGGAAUUACUCUAGGCCACGCAUGUUGUGGUGUCUUUCGGUGCACACAGCCUCUACAAAAUAACCGUGACCGCUUCUGCGCCGAACAUUGUGGUUUGCACAACACGUGUGCUAUCACUGGGUGCGAUCGUCCAAUCCGAUGUGGUGAUGCAAAGACUUGCGACAAUCGUGACCACCAGCAGAUGGAGCAACUCCACUAUGCGAAGGCAACUUCUGCCUUUGCAUUGUCCGAACGGCUGCUCCGCUACCGCGUGGCAUAUCCAGAUGAUGCUUUGGGUGCCGACGUGACCACUGCGGACUUGCCAGAUGUGAGCGCGAGCCUGGGUCCAGUGGUUGAAGAGAACAUCGAGUGGUACACAGUCAAGGACGGUCAAGUGUCUUAUCAGUUCGAGAAGAACCCUGGUUCCAUUGGAGUACUUGAAGAAGGGGACGAGGGACUCGGUGAUAUAGCUCUGGCCAGCUCCGAGCCAUGCGAUGCAAAGUCUGAUGCAGGUAAUCGAAAAUUCCGUGCGCAGUUUGGACGACGGAGAACUCAUAACGAGCAAACUGCUGUUCGCACAUGUGGGGUCAUUGUGGGACGAGUGACGCUGAACGGAGCAGAAGCUGUGUCUAAUGUCCUUGACUUUAUAAAGACAAUUUUCUCUGUGCAAGGUGCUCAUAAGCCAGAGCAUUUUAUUUACGACACAGCAUGUGAUGCCAAGCGCCAAGUGGAAACCCGAGGGGACGAGUGGUGGGCUGAUGUGAAGAUGUGCGUGGACGUGUGGCACUUCAAGAACAAGCACAAGACAAAGCAUGACUACUGCCAACGCUACUGCAACCCAGCUGACUUCCCCGAGCUUUUGAAUGCGGAUGGGACAGGUUGGUGGUUCAACACGUCAGUUGCCGAGCAAAUAAAUGUUUGGCUUGGUAGCUACCACGCAAUCUGCAGGGAGAUGCUUCCCACGAAGUAUAAUUUCUUCUUGGACGAAAUGAUCCGCCUUCAUAAUAUUUACACCAUUCAAAGCCUUCAGAUUAGGGCCUUAAAUCCACGUUAUGCUCCACCUUCAUGUUUAUGA